AUGCGCGGGGGGUUCCCGGUGAUCCGCCCAGCCGUCGUCCCUGCGUGUCUUGCAGGGCGCUGCUCUUUUCCGGAUGGCGACCCGGACGCGCUUGAUUCAUUUGAUGCGGCGGCGGGUGGCGCGUAUUUCCCCCGCGUCUGCGCGCGAAUACUUCCUAACACAGCGCCCAUGCGCAGCCCAAUCUGCCUCCUUCCGGCCGCGCCGCCCGCGGGGUCCGCGAAAAACGAUGGGGCGAUUUGUUGUCUCGCCAACCUGCGCAUCGUGCGUGGCCCACGCGUCGUCGCUGUCCACCGUGCAGCGGGCCGCCCACCCAUCGGCUCGCACCGAUUCCGGCAGCGUCUCGCCCGGGGGCGGUGGAAGCGGCAGCCUCCUCCACUCGAGCACCGCAGCGCCGCGGCACGCGCGAAAACCCGUUUGCCAAACGCCGAACCACCAAAGUUGCGCCCCCAAAUGCUGCAGGCCGUGCGACCUCCCAGACGGGGCGGAUCCGGAGUAAUCAAUGCGACCGCGGCCGUCUCGAGUGAACUGCUCUGCCUUGCGGGGGCCGGCGAGGGCGCCGAUCCCCGCCUGGAGAAGUGCGGGAGCGGCGCCGCCAUGGGGCGGAGGCGGCAAACCAAAAUGCCGAAAAUGAAUUUGAACAAAAGCGCCCGCACUCUUUCACAGCAAACGCGUCUCAAAGAGAACACACAAUGCAUCUUGCUCCUUCUUCAACCGCUUCUCCGGAGGGUCCGCUUCUCCCGCCAGAGAAACCGCCGGCAUUCCACCGAGCGACGGGCAGAACAGGACCCGGAUUCGAUUCCGCGUCACCGCGCACAGCCUAAGAAGCUGCCACGGAAGAAACCUUAG